AUGUAAGAAAAUGAGUUUGCUAUCUCAAUUUGUGUUCCCUCCUUCAAAAAGAAUGAUGAUGUUGUCUAUUAUCAAUUAAUGUAAGAAUUUGAUCAGAUUCUAAAACAUAGUUUCACCGAACAUCAUCAAAGAUGCUCUUUUUCAGUUGAUUAUCGCUAUUCCCAUUUAAAAUUAUUGCAUGAAUCCUUAUAGACUCUUAAAGCGAGUUUGCCGAAGUUUCCUCCGACUAAUUGGUGGAGAUCCACCAAUGACAAUGAAGAAUUAUUAGAAGAGAGAAGAAUACAGUUAGAUUAUUUCUUCAAAAAUCUCUUCUAAUGUUAAGAAGUAUGUAAAAGUUUGAUCAUGAAAAAUUUCAUUCUCAAAUCUCAAUGUUUAUAUCUAAAAAAGGUUGAAAAAGUAUCAAGAAUCUAUGUAAUAUAAGUAAUAACGCCAUAUCCUGAAGAAAGAAAGAUAAGCCUAAGCAGUCCCCUCCUUAAAUAAACAGAAAUCCAAGUCUCAAGUAUGUAUAUUUUAAAAAGUAAAAAAGUUGACAACUCCUAUAUGUGGACCUGCUGAAGAUCCAAUAGAGGAUCCUCGUGAGAGAUCCCGCUCUUGGGAGUUUAAAUUAAGUUAGAAGAAGUCUCAAUAAGUUUAUGAGAAAAGUUCUAAUUAAAUAAGCAAUGUAAUAUUCUUAUUCCUUUUUAUUAGUUAAGUUUUGGUGGAGUUCCCAUAUUCAAAGGUAUUCUAUUGAGAUUUAAAUGAUAAAAAUAGAAUUCAU